ACCUGUUGCUCAGACGUGGCGCUUUGCGGUGUUCUCCACUGUCGCGCCUCCACCACUCUCACAGUCCCACCCCCUCACUCUCUCCCCUCACCCGUCGGUCAUUCUCCUCAUCUGAGAACGUUAGUCAGUGGUCGCCUGUGAAUAUGUCGCGGCGGCAGGUGUUGAGGCAAUACGUGAGGAGUCCUGAGAGGGAGGAUGCGCUGUGUUGUGGUGGUGGCCACGUGGGAGCUCACUCCUUGCCCCAGUCACCACCAGCCCACCACCACCACUAAAAGUCUUACUAGAUAAGGGUAGAAAGUACUGACACCCAUACCGAAACUACUGAAUUCUCAACCUGUUCAAAAAACAAAACACUAACAUACGAAGCCUUACUACUUUCUGAACCAAUUUGAGAAAUAGUACUAUCAAUCAUACAAUUUUCUGAACAUUUUCCGAUAGAAAAACAAACAAACAAACAAUACUAUCCAUACCAAGACUUCUUAGUCGGUAGAAACAAGUAAAAAAAAAUAUUGUGCCAAAAUUACGAUUCAAGCGAGCAGUAAUUUAGUGAGUGAGAGAAAAUAUUAACCUGACUGGUACCGUCAUCUCAGCCUCCUCCUGUAGACCACCGGGUGUAGCAGCUGGGGGAGAACCCAUCCGUGAUAUGGACCCGACACAGGCGAUGGUCAUGGUCACUCAGGAACCAGUAUUAUGGCCACGGACGCCCACUUCCACCUAAACACUUCCACCCCUCAUCAACAGGCAGGGGAUUACCUGACCCAGAGGUAAUCUUAAUGAAGGUCAGCAGGUAGAGGUGGAGAGCCUCUGUGUGGCUAUAUAAUGUGGAGGAUUCACGGUAUAAGACGUAGCAGUAAAUCUUGGGUUCAGUGUAGCGAUAAACGAGAGUAAUGGAAUAAUUCAGAAGCUCUUAUGAACUCGGUGCAUGAAAUUUAUACCUCGAUUCCUCUUUGUCUGUGAAGGCUUAUUCGGCUGAUAUAAGUCUAGAUGUGCAGUGUUAUCGAGAAUCCACUUUAGUUAAUUGAGAGGCCAGACAAUGAAAAUCUAAAAUAUUCUUAUAAUUUUUCAGCCAAAAACUUUAUUAAAACAAGAAAACAAAAACACACACACAAGACGAGUGUUUUAUGAUAAUUUCACAGUGCUGAAAAACAAUACAGAUUUAUAAACUAAAACUUAAUCAAUUUCAGAUGAAUCAGUGUAUACAUAAAUUAAGUGAAGACAGUUAUUAAAAAUUCUAAACAUUUCCACUGAGUACCAGAAAAAGGUUAGAUAAAGAAAAUGGGGUUCGGGGUGUCAAAGUGCAUGUGUGCGGACGUAGGGACAGAAAAGGAGGCGGAGGGCGGCGGCGACCACGAGAAGAGGAGCAAGUUCAGCUUCUCUCCCCACAAGAAACACUCUCCCUCCAUGAGCAAGGUCGAGAGAGCACUGAAAGCGGCGCUGCUGAUCCAGCGGUGGUACAGGCGAUACUGCGCCAGGCUGGAAAUCCGUCGACGGUACACGUGGACCAUCUUCCAGUCCAUCGAGUACGCCGGUGAACAGGACCAGAUGAAGCUCUACAAUUUCUUCAACGCUCUCCUCACUCACAUGGGCAACGGCGCCAUGACCGAGAUAAUUGAGGCCCUCUCCCCCCGCGCCUCCCCUACCACUGAUGAAGAGGACGACGAGGCGAGGAGUAAGAAGCUACUGGAGGAGGCGUGGAUGGAGGAGGUCGCAGUGGAGGGGAAUUACAAGGGUCCCCACCUGACCACGCCCCUCACCACCGACUCCAUUCACCAGCUGGUCGAGGCUUUCAAGAAGAAGAAGGCACUUCACGCCCGCUAUGUGUAUAUGGUGUUACGGGAGGGAGUGCGAGUAUUGCGGCAACGACCCACUAUCACCCACGCUUCCACUGCCAUCUCCGGCCAGAUCACCGUGGUGGGCGACCUGCACGGCAAGCUAGACGACCUCCUCACAGUCCUCUAUAAGAAUGGGCUGCCCUCAACGGACAACCCGUAUGUAUUCAACGGGGACUUCGUGGACCGCGGCCGCAAGUCCAUGGAGGUGAUGCUCCUGUUGCUGGCGCUGGUGAUAGUCUUCCCUGCCGAGGUCUACCUCAACCGCGGCAACCAUGAGGACCUGGUUAUGAACGCAAGGUACGGCUUCUGCAAGGAGGUCAGCCGCAAGUACAAGGCGCCCCAUGGACCGAGAAUCCUGCGGCUGCUGGAGGAGGUGUACCGGUGGCUGCCGCUGGUCACCGUCAUCGACCACAAGGUGAUGGUGGUGCACGGCGGCAUCUCCCUCGACACAGACCUUAAGUGGAUCGCCACCAUCGACAGGAGCAAGUACAUGAGCGUGUUAAGGACCCCGGCAGCCAACCUACUAGACGACACGUCGUCGACGGAGGACGGCGGGGACGACGAGCCUGACGCCUGCAAGGAGGUCCGUCUCCUCACCUCCACCUACGAGUGGAAGCAGGUGCUGGACCUUCUAUGGAGUGACCCCCAGACACACGCUGGCUGCCGACCUAACUCCUUCAGGGGUGGCGGCAGCUACUUCGGCCCGGACAUCACCUGCGACUUCCUUAGGAAACAUGGCCUCUCUCUCCUUAUCCGAUCCCAUGAGUGUAAAGUGGACGGCUACGAGUUUACCCACGACAAUACAUGCCUGACCAUCUUCUCGGCGUCCAACUACUACGAGUCGGGUAGUAACAGAGGCGCCUACGUCAAGCUACAAGGACCCAGCCUGGAGCCACACUUUAUCCAGUACACCGCUGAUAUGAAAUCACGAAAGCUGACCAUCCGUGAGCAUGUUGGGAGGAUGGAGGCUUCAGCCUUCAGAGAACUACGUGGCCAAAUCCUCGCCUCUAGGUCCAGACUCCUGGAGGCGUUCCAGCAGAAGGAUUCAAACGACACAGGCUACAUCAGCGUGGGGGACUGGGUGGAGGUGAUGGAGAAAGAGAGCCAUCUGAACCUGCCCUGGCGAGUACUGAGGGACAAACUGGUCUCUCAUCAUCCCACCACCGGCCAGGUCGACUACCACAGCUCCUUCAACGACGAGUUUGUCAAGAAGGACAUAGCUGUUAAGGGAGGACCAACUGUGGUGGAAGCGCUGUACCGCCACAAGAACAGUCUGGAGACCAUAUUCAGACUCAUCGACAAAGACAACUCUGGUUACAUCAGCAUGGAGGAGUUUAGUGAGACCUGCGAACUGUUGAGCCGUCACAUCGAUGUCCCCAUUCCUAAGAACGAUAUAAUCGACCUAGCUCGCUCCAUCGACAUCAACAAAGAUGGCUACAUCGACUUCAAUGAAUUUUUGGAGUGUUUCCGAAUUGUGGAAUCGACUCGCACAAAUGCCGACGACGACGACAAUGAUGAUGAUGAUGAUGAUGAUGAUGAUGACGAGGACGACGACGACAUCGAGGUUGAUAGGAACCAGAAUGGUGAUGCCAAGUUGCCCAUCAUGGCUGGCAACACGAUGCCCCACAUAGUCAACCACAAGGACCUAUAACACCUUAAAAGAGGAAUAUACAGUAUUAAUAAAAUCAAUAAACAAUGCCGACCACAGAGCUAAAAUUUUUCAGCACCGAACACUUCCAUCGCAGGUUAGAUGCGCAACACAAUUAAAUACUGUGUGAUCUCCCGGGAUCAUUAUAAAUAGUCGUGCAACUCCUGCUGUUCCAGGAAUUUAAGGGAGGGGUUCACGCUAAACAAGAUUUUCCUCCGUCAUAUUUGCCAACAUAUCAAUUGACUUAAUAUGUGACAGUAACAAUUAUUUAUUAUUUUCCAUUAUUCUUUGUUUAACUGUACAAUUUAUUGAUCAUGUUCUAUUUACCAACUGAGGGGACCAGUCCUCUCGUUCGCCUCAGCCUCGCCACUUUCAUCACCAACCCUAUGGAUCCUCAAAGGUACUCGUACAUUUUUCUUUGUCCUAAAUAACUGGAGGUGAGAGUACUGGUUUGUCGGAAACAGCAGCACAGAGCGAAUAAGCAGAAUUGUAUGGAAAAAAAAAAAAAAAAAAAAAACAACCAGGGGCUCUAUCUUCCCCCAGUUACCAUCAAAAGCAUCAAGUAUGAAUAUUAUGUGAGAAUUCGGACUCGAACUCGAAUCCUAACGUAUAUAAAUCAUGUCUAUAUGAAAGCUUUAAUAACGUAGGGAGAGACACGAAAUAAAAGUAACAAUUUUAUGUUAAAAGCCAAAAUUAACUAAGUACAAACAGUUUGCCGCACCUCGUGUCAGGCGGCCUUCGCAACGAUCACUGACCGAAGCCAUGUUCAUUCCGUAAGGUUGGUACUUCUGAUUGUGUGAUGCAUUGUGCAACCAAUACGAUGAAUGCUGUAUACCACGUAAAGUUAAUACAGAUAAUUAACAGAAAUCACCCUAGUGAAUGAGUGUUGUUCACAAUUCUUGGGCCGGAGUAUCAUAUUGUAUAACACCGUAAAGAUGCAGAUCUAUUUUAGUUGACUGUACGUUACUGAGCCAAUGAUAAGCCUUAGUUGUCAACAACACUGAACUGUUAUCCAAGUAUAGGCUAACCUGUAAAUGGUGAUGGUCCGCGCAGAUAUAUUCACUGUCAAGUUCUGUACUGUAUUUACUGUGACCCCCCCUACCCCUUCCCCUCCCCGAGCCCUGAUGUAGUGGCCGCACCUGUACUGGAACAACUAGUGCGAAAACUACAGGUUCUUGUAAGUACUCGUUUUCACAGUGACCCGAGUCUUUGCGCUAAAGUGUACACAAGUCAUGGAAGAAAUAAAUCGAACCUUAAAUGUACAAAUGAGUGUUCGUUCUCAUGAUGACCUGAGUGUAUACCUGUAAUGGAACAAGUACUGAGGAUACUACAGAUGGCAAAUAGAUGUCAGUCAUCGUCCUCAGUGUCCACAGUCCAAGUAUCCGACCAACACGUGUUGACAGGGUCGUGAGGUGUCAGUCUCUUGUUAAUUCAAUACCAAAGUUCUCGAGCAAUUUGUACAUAUAUAUACGAAUUCAUGUCUGUACUGUUAGGGUGUAUACUUGAGAUUUAGCGAAGAUAUCCUUAAACACAACACACACACAGAGACACACACACACACACACACACACACUCAAUAUUUAGUCAUAUCACGCUUAAAGUGGGUAACUGCCAAAGUGAUAUAAUUUCAUUACAUUCCUUUGCUUUCUUGAAAAUCACAGCCGGUCUACAUACAACAUACUUUGCUGGGACGUUCUUGGAGAUAAUCAUGUUCCAAACUAUAAAUGAAUAGAACCAUUACUAACCUAACUAACUUAAACUAACAUAGUUCCACUAAGUUAUAGCGACCAAACCAAACGUUUAUUCCUACUUGACAAAAGCACAAUUGCACUUAAGACUUAACGUGACGAUUAUCCUCAUUUCACGUGACAAAUACGUUUACGUUACCUGGAGUCUGUGUAACUAGAAGGUUCACUUAAUCAUAAAAUGUUCAGGAGUUUCUCGCAAUCGCUGCCACCGUCACCUGACCUAACCUAUUAGCUAACAGUCGCAGCGAUUACAACAAAUUUCUGUUCAUUUUAGGAAUUACGUGAAAUUCCCGAAAAUUUUAGGAAAUACGUGAAAUCUCUUAUAAUAUGUGCAGAUUCCUUGUAACAUAUAUAAUAAGACUCACAUACUCUUGAUUACAUGAUUUCAUUCAGGUAUAUAUUAGAGAAGUUUCUUACCUAACCAUUCAUUUAUUAUCUGUACUGAAAAAUUUUCACUUGUGUGUAUAUAACGGGAAACUGAGCUAGAAUAUAUAUUCAAAAACUUUGCAAGGCUAUGUACUUGACUAUGCGGAUAUGUGCAAACAGAAUAUGCACACAGGCAGUGUUUGUACCUAAAGUACAAGCAAAAUGUAUAUACUGGUAUAAUUACUAGCACUGUCGCUUGUUCUAUCAUGUGCAUGUGUCUUUUUUACUUAACUAUAAUUUGAGACACUGAAACCAUCUGUACAAUAAUCUUAACUCCUGAGCUUGGCCCCAAGUUGUGUGUGUGUCUCAUUACUUAUAUUUAUCGUCAUUUGGGUUCAUAUAUAGGCUGUAACUAUCAACCCGAGUCCGGCUGUCGUGUAGCUAGGGAGCCGGGUACGAGCAGGCCAGGUACGAAAUUUUAUGACAGCAAGAACGAAUCAAUUAAAGCUAAAUGAACCAAUGUAACAUAACCUAACCCACUCUCUACGUUCCCCGCUGUUAGGUUGCGUAUACUCGGCUCUCGAGAAAAAUUAAAACAGUCGGGCCAAAAUCGGCAGCUACUUCCUUACAGUAUAUACAUUAUAAUAGACAUUUUUGUUUAUAUUUAUAUGUGUAGUUAAUCUUUCAUAUCUAAUGUUUGUAUUCAUCCAGCAGUCAUUCUUCUGCUUUGUGCUGUUUUUAAUGACAUUGUAAUACUUGUGUAAAUAUGAAUUAUCUCAAUAAAACUUUUCAAAUUAA